CAUGGCCCGCAGGACGCGGCGGGCGGCGCGGCUGGGGCUGCCCUGCUUGGGGCUGCCCUGCUUGGGGUUACCCUGGUUGGGGCUCGCGUUGCUGCCCUGGGCCGUGCCCCCCGCCGCCGCCCCCCCAGGGGGCUGCCCGUCCGCCUGCUACUGCGUGGCCACCCCGGAAUUGGUGCAGUGCCGCUACGAGAGCUUGGACGAACCCCCCCGGGAGCUGCCCACCUCGGUGCACAACCUGAGCAUCUCCGGCAGCAACCUGAGCGUGCUGCACCGCGCCGCCUUCGCCCCCCGCCCGCUGCCCGACCUCCGCCUGCUCCGCUUGCGCCACGACAACAUCCAAACCAUCGAGGACAUGGCCCUGCAGGGGCUGCCGGCCCUGCGGACCCUCGACCUCAGCCACAACCCUUUGCGUUCGGUGGCGGCCGGCGCCUUCUCCGGCGUCCCUCUGCUGCGCACGCUGCAGCUGAACCAGGCGCUGCUGGCCGCCCCGCUGGAGGAGCAGCUCGCCCUCGCCCUGCGCAACCUCAGCCUGCGCCGCCUGGAGCUGGCGGGCAACGGGCUGCGGGCACUGCCGGUCUCCCUGCUGCCCGUCGGCCUGGAGGAGUUGGAUCUCCACAACAACUCUCUGCAGCGUUUGACAUCCACCGAGCUGCUCAGCCUGGAGGCUCUGGGGCUGCGGGGGCUGCGGGUGUCGCUGGGGUCCAACCCGCUGCAGUGCGACUGCGCCCUGCGCCCGCUGCUCACCUGGCUGCGCUCGUCCGCCGCCCGCGUGCCCGAUGCGAGGAGCCUGCAGUGCUCCAAACCGCCGUCGUUGCGCGGCACGGCGGUGCUGAGGUUGCGGCCCGAAGGGUUGGGUUGCUCGGCCGAUGAGGGAGGUGAGGCCGGACAGCUGGAGACAGCUUCUUACGUCUUCUUCGGCAUCGUUCUGGCCCUCAUCGGCAUCGUCUUCCUCAUGGUGCUCUACCUGAACCGCCGCGGCAUCAAGCGUUGGUUGCACAACCUGCGGGAAGCUUGCCGUGAUCAGAUGGAGGGCUACCACUACCGCUACGAGCAGGAUGCAGACCCACGCCGUGCCAGCGCCGUCGGCACCCCCCGGGCUCUGACAUCACCGGGCUCUGGUGGCACCCCGAGAUGCUCCUUCCAGCUGCCUCCAUCCCCAGCUGCCUCCUGAUCCCCAUCCUGUGCUGCUCCAGAGAUCCAAAGCGCGCAUUGGGCAGCAUCAUCUCCUGGGGGGCUCCGGACCUGCUCAGCCCGGGCUCUGAUGGCAUCACGAUGUCCUCCCUUCAGCUGACUCCAUCCCCAGCGCCCUCCUGGUCCCCAUCCCAUUGCCACGGUGAGGCUUUGGAGGACGAACUGGUCCUAGGGAUUCUGUGAGUGCUCCGUUGGGCUGCAUCCGAGCAGGCAGCAUCAUCCCUUGGGGCUCCAUCCCAUCUCUGGAUCCGUCCACUUGUCCCCACGCAAGUGCUGGGAUCAGGGGCGAUCACGGGGACACCGUGGUGAUGAGCCAGUCUCCAAACAUCACCCCAUCCCAGUUCCUUUGCACUGCAGACACGAGUGUGAACUGCGCACAUCCCGGGGAGCAGCAGCCAUAUCUGAACCUGCCCUGGACAUUCCCGGAACCCGGACUCGACUUUGACCAUGUACAGCUCUUUCCUAUUAGAUUUCUAUUUGACUAAUGCAAGAACUUUUGCUCGAUUUCUCUUUUUUCCCCUUUUCAUUUCUCGCUCCGCUCUCCUCACGAACUGCUGAGCUCUCCCAGCCCCAACCUCCUCCCAGGCACCAAAGGACACAGCUAUGCAGGGAUCACCCCAAAGGUGCCUGCAUGUUCCCAGGGCACUGGGGCAGCUCCUUUGGCCUCAAACCCCUCUCCCAACCCCGGCUGUCUCAGCGUAUCAUCAUGAUGAACGAAGCCAAAGCUCCGGCUCUCAUGCACCUGCCCGUGUUUGCUUAGAACUGUGCC